CACCGAUAGGCGCCCGGAGCGUUUUCGUCAUAAGUGAAAGUUGUGUUCACGCUGGGCAUCAGUGCGUGUUUGCCUGCAACUGCCAUUCAACUCGACAGAUCAACUACGUCGAUAUCUUGAUUUCAAAUUGGCCUUUCUGGUAUCAUGAUCCGCCAAAUUUCUCUCAUAUGAAGACUUCUAAUUCUUGAGACUCUAGUGAGAGUCCCUCAUACCAAAAGUAUUCAUCUGUCCCCUGCGGAUUUAUCUCCGACCUACCACGUCCUAACCAGUCUCAACGCCCACAUACUCUCAACAUGGACGAAGCGAUUGCCUCCGUCAUCACGGUCACCGGAUCAACUCCAGAAAUCGCUGCGCAGUAUGUUCAGCUCGCCGAUGGUGACCCCAAUCAAGCCGUUCAAUUAUUCUUUGAAAAUGGUGGCGCAGAUCUCGGCGUCGCAUUCCAACAGCCUCAGCCCUCCACAACCUCACACUCUACGGGUGAUGCUCAGAACCCAAUCAAUUUAGAUGCAGACGAAAACAUCUCCGAUGAUAAUGACCCCGAGAUCACUGGCUUCAGAAAGUCACCAGUACACGCUGCUCCCUCGAGACCUAUGAAUGACUUUGAAGAUGAUGAAGCAAUGGCGAGGCGGUUACAAGAGGAGAUGUAUGGAGGUAAUGGAAUAGAACACAAUGUCAGAGCUCCCAUUGCUCGACAAGUCGAGACCUUAGUCGGCCCUGGUGCAAAUCCUUUUGCCGCCGCCGGACCAGAGUAUGACGCAGCAAUAGAGGAGAGGUUACGUGCUUUUCAAACAAGACGCAAUCCAGUUCGUCCUGGCAUAUUCAACCAACAUGAACCGCCGACCAGUAUCUGGGACAGGGAUGUUAGAGACGCCGACGCUGGAAGAAGCUUUCUUGCAGAGUCGACCGGAGGAGCAUCCGAGGCUUCAUCGAGAUCAACUAGGCUCGCCCGACUUUUCCAACCACCCUGGGACUUGAUGUUCAAAGGAGAAUGGGAUGCUGCCCGAGACGAAGGCAAAGAGCACAAGAAAUGGCUCUUGGUUGACAUCCAAGAUCCGUCUAUAUUUGACUGCCAGGCGCUGAACAGGGAUUUGUGGAAGAACGAGGGUAUCAUCGACACAGUCAAGGAGAACUUUGUCUUCAUUCAGUACAAUAAAGAUGAUCCACGAGCUGCCCAAUAUAUCCAGUAUUAUUUCCCGACCUACGAAAAUCAGGAUGAGUAUCCUCAUGUUGCGAUCGUGGACCCCAGAACCGGCGAACAGAUCAAGCUGUGGUCGCGGAAGGUGCCGUCAGCGGCCGAGUUCUUGAUGCAACUCCAUGAAUUCCUUGAUCGAUACAGUCUGGACAACAAUGCCCGGAAUCCUGUUGCGAAGCGGAAAUCAGAAGCCAAGGAGAAACCUCUAGAUCAGUUGAGUGAAGAAGAACAACUAGAAAGAGCAUUGCAAGCUAGUCUCGGGUCCCAGGAGGAUGCAGCACUCAAGCCUGCUGCCGCAGAAGAUCCCGACGCACUCACAAGAAGUAUUGGUGAUGUACGAUCAGCAGAUGGUCCAUCAAUUGCUGAAGCUAUGGAUCUGGACGAACCCAGCGCCGCGACGACGAGCGAAACAACCCCAUUUUCACUGAUUCCUUCCGACCGUCCGCAUGUGGAACCUCCUGCUGGUCCCGGUAUAACACGAGUCCAGAUCAGACACCCAGGAGGUAGAAUCGUGCGACGAUUCGCAGAAGCCGACCCUGUACAACGGAUUUAUGAGUUUCUGAAAGCCGAACCUUUGGAGGGUAGGGAGGGGAAGGACUUUGAGCUGGUUUCUAUGGGAAAGAAUCUCAUUGAUUCUCGACAAGAGACCAUCGAAGCGGCGGCAUUGAAAAACGGAACCGUGAUGGUGGAGUUUGUGGAGUAAUCAGUGGCUGAUAGUUGAAAUUCCUCUGAGAUCUCAUUCCAGCGGACUAGAGGUGCAUGGCGAGGCGUUACCAGACUUAGGCGAUUUACUAAUGCCAGUAAGGUGGACACCUGGCCUAGCCUAUCGAUCGAAGAACUUCGUACAGGUCUGUCGUUCCAGACGAGCAAUCAUGAAAUAUUGA